CGGCAGUUUGGCCACGUCCCCGGCCACGUCGCGCCCGCUCUCGCCAUCUUCGUCGCUUCCUUUCAGUGGUCGCCGCCUUCGCCGAAGCCGCCGAGCCCCGGGGCAGCCGCGCCGACCGCCGCCGCCGCCAUGAACAUCUUCCGGCUGACCGGGGACUUGUCCCACCUGGCGGCCAUCGUCAUCCUGCUGCUGAAAAUCUGGAAGACGCGCUCCUGCGCCGGCAUUUCCGGGAAGAGCCAGCUCCUCUUCGCACUGGUCUUCACAACUCGCUACCUGGAUCUCUUUACUUCGUUCAUUUCGCUGUACAACACAUCUAUGAAGCUCAUCUACAUCGCCUGCUCCUACGCCACGGUGUACCUGAUCUACAUGAAGUUCAAGGCGACGUACGACGGCAACCACGACACCUUCCGGGUGGAGUUCCUGGUGGUCCCUGUGGGGGGCCUCUCGUUCCUCGUCAACCACGACUUCUCUCCUCUCGAGAUUCUGUGGACCUUCUCCAUCUACCUGGAGUCGGUGGCCAUCCUGCCGCAGCUCUUCAUGAUCAGCAAGACCGGGGAGGCGGAGACCAUCACCACGCACUACCUGUUCUUCCUGGGCCUCUACCGCGCGCUCUAUCUCGUCAACUGGAUCUGGCGCUUCUACUUCGAGGGCUUCUUCGACCUCAUCGCCGUGGUGGCCGGCGUGGUGCAGACCAUCCUGUACUGCGACUUCUUCUACUUGUACAUCACGAAAGUCCUCAAGGGGAAGAAGCUCAGCCUGCCAGCGUAAGUGCCAAAGCCCAUCCCCAGCAUCUGUCCUCCGGGGUGCUCGGCCAGACCUCCGACCGCAGCGAAGGCACGAGAUGCGCGACACGGGAAACCGGAACUCGGCUCUUGCGUUGCAGCCGGGCGCCCGCGGCUGGUGAGAGCCCAGAGGAGAAGACCCAGAGGUUUCUGUUUGACGCAUCUUGCCUUAUCUUUUUUUAUUACUAUGUACAAAGAUUUUUUUACACAAAGAAACUUAAUGCUGUAUUAAUAAAUUCAGUGUGUAGCUUCAAUUGGGGUAGUUCCAAAAGUGAUGAUUUUGUGAGAAAUUGUGCAAACUUUUUUUUUAAAUUCCUUGAAAUUGUUGAAAUGUCUGUGAUGAAAUUGUAUUCCUUGACAGUUGGUAGAUUAUAUAUUCACCCGUCUACCGAACUUGCAUUCCACUAUAUUUAUUUUUAGCCAAAAGAUGAGUCACGCUUGUUUGAAAUCUGAAACACUAUGGGCAGCCUGGUGUGUCUGUCCACAUUUCUCCCCUCGGACGUGGACAGCCUCCCUCGGACUCACAACACUACAUUUGAGGCUGGUAGAGGUGACGUGCAAGUACUUCGGUUUUCGUUACCAAACAUUUUAAGGUUCUGAGUGCAGACAGAGUCUCGUUUAAGAGUCACCAAAGGUGCCUGCCUGCCGCCCUGCUAAAAAGCACCCCCUGAGACCCCCCAAGGGUGUCGAAGGGCUCAGUGGGUGGGCGGGGCUCUGGCUGCCUGCCGUGCGGUGUGGGAGGCGAGGGACACUGGUGGUGAUUCUGGACCCGGGACUCGGCCCCCUGAGCACUGGGACGCAGCGCUCCCCCGUCGCUCUGGUCUGCGGUUCUGGAAGACGACACAGCCGUGCCCGGCUCAGGUUCAAACAGGUUUUCAAAUUACUCUUGGGACAGAACUGAUUUGCAUAUUUUUAAAUUGGCAGAACCAAUCACCAUUCCUCAUAUUCUUUCUUUUUUUUUUUUGGUUUUUUGUUUUGUUUUUACUGAGCUCUUGCAUGAUUUAUCUUGUGUUACCACCUUAAUAAACGUUUUAUUAAACAUAAAA